AUACGCCAUCGUUACACACAGCAGCAAAAUGAGCGGAUGUCGUAUUUUCAUCGGGCGGCUGAGUCCGUCUGCGAGAGAGAAGGAUGUGGAGAGAUUCUUUAAGGGAUACGGCCGCAUCCGGGACAUCGACCUGAAGAGGGGCUUCGGCUUUGUGGAGUUCGACGACCCCAGAGAUGCUGAAGAUGCAGUUUAUGAGCUUGAUGGCAAAGAGUUGUGCAAUGAAAGGGUGACCAUUGAACACGCCCGUGUGCGUCUGCGUGGUGGUCGUGGCAGAGGAGGCAGCGGCGGCAAUGGAGGAGGUCGAUUCUCUGAUCGCUAUGGUCGAGGCUCCCAGAACAGUCGGAGCCGGAACCCUCCUCCGAUGCGUACUGAGAACCGUCUGAUUGUGGAGAACUUGUCCUCUCGCGUCAGCUGGCAGGAUCUGAAAGAUUUCAUGAGACAAGCUGGAGAGGUGACAUUUGCAGACGCACAUCGCCCCAAGCUCAACGAAGGGGUUGUUGAGUUUGCUGCUUAUGGUGAUCUGAAAAAUGCUCUUGAGAAACUGUCUGGAAAGGAAAUCAAUGGCAGGAAAAUUAAGCUCAUUGAGGCAGCAAAGAAGAGGUCGAGGAGUCGCUCCCGGUCUGAGAGCUCCUCACGCUCUCGCUCCCGAUCUCGUGGACGCUCACCAUCUCGCUCCCCCCGGCGUUCCCGCAGCCCCGCCAAGGCCAGCAAUCGUUCCCGCUCUCGCAGCCGCUCGCCAGCCGGCGGAGCCUCCUCCCCAACCCCCAAAUCGAAGGAGCCCCCAAAGAGAUCCUCCAAGACGAGCAAGUCAGCCACCCCGCCCUCCCCUAUGCCUGCUCAGAGAGCGUCCGUCUCUCGCUCACGCUCUCGCUCACGUUCCCGCUCUCGUUCUCCCUCCACUGACAGCCAACGCUAAAACCUUCGUUUAAGGUAAACAGGAGUCAACAGCAGAAACAGCUUUCACGAUUAGAAUCAGAAUGGAGGAGAAGAGCACAUUAGAGCUCUCAUUACCUCUUCUGACCGCAGUUUUCCUCGAGUAAUGUUUUUUUUUAUGUUUUGUCAAAACUAUGUUUGUGUAGCUUUUUAGAUUUCAAACUACACAGGCUGAAAAAAAUGCUAUUCUAAUAUUUUUCUCCUCAUAGGGCAUUUUAUAAUUAAAAUAAACAUUCAAAACACACAUUUUAUUAUUCUCCUCAUUUCCCGCCAUUUUUAGACCCAUUUAUGUUUUGACAACCUGUGACUCCGCCCCUCUGAGUGAACCCAUCCAAAUAGACUGCUGGUCCAGUUCUGCUGCAUCGUCGUGUCCUCUCUUAAAGUCGCUUAAAUUAUCCGGCUGAACCAGGCUCGCUGCCAUUGGCUCCGUAGAGUAAGUCAUCUCUAUACUUUAAAAUCUUUGCAGAGGGAAUCUGUUUUUUUUUUUUGUUUUUUUUUUUGUUUUUUUUAACAUCAGCAGGAUCCUACAUCAUCAGGAUAAGCUACAUGACCACUUUCUUUACUUUGUGUGCUCAUUCUGCUGUUAGUGGGAAACUUUUCGUAUCAUUUUUGGAUUUUUGUCCGUAUCACCCACAUUUUCAAAGUCCUUGAACCUCUUUUUUUCUGUAUUUUCUGACCCACUGUACCUACCACAGCUGGUGUAAGUCAUAGCGAUACCUUUUUGAUGCUUGCAUGUGCUUUUCUUUGAACAGAGUUUAGACUCAUACUCAAAAUAUCUUCUCUGUGCAUAAAGCUCAAAUACAAGCCACCAUUCUAACUGGCAUUGGCAGCUUCAGUGUAAAGGGCACUGUACAGUAACACACUGUUACUGCGGUUAAUGAGCUAUUCAGUAAUGAACUGUAAAUUCC